AUGCUAAAUAAAUCAAUAAAAGUAACUAAAAAAGUUAUUAUCAUUAAUCAAAAGUAUUAUAUUGUGAUAUUGAUAAGAACUGACACUAUAAGUGAUAAUACAAAUCUAAUAAAUAGAGAACCAUUGAAAAAUAGUGUAGAAAUAUAGAAGAUCAAUUAAAAGAAUUCAAAUUAAAUAUAAAUGAACAAUGAAUUAGACUAAUGUAAAAUAUGUAUUAUAAGGAAAGAGAAGUACGAUUCAAGAUAGUUACAGGAGAUGAUAGACAUAUAUUUAAAAAACAAUUAGAAAAUCAAAGAGAUCAAAUCGAUAGUGGAUUCAUUAAAAAAUAGAACUAACAAAUUGGAAUAAUAAAUGAGAUAGUAAGAAGGUAGAUGUAAAGUAAAGAGAGUCAGAAGAACUUCAACUUAAAUAGAAAAGAAAUAUAAAGUUUAAAUUAGUAAUUAUAUUAUAAAGUGUUACUCAAAGAAUUGUGAGAAGAGCUAUGGAUCUAUGAUUUCAUUGAAUUUACAUAUGAGAAUAAAACAUAAAAGAUAAAGAAAUGUUUAGGAAUAAUAAAAAUGA